UAAUACGUCAUCAACAGGCGCCCGAUGAGCGCAGCAGCGGGACCGCUUGUCCGGAUCGACUGAGGAGUUAUUUUGGCCUCUAAACAAAGUGAAUGAGUAGUUUGGCGGCGUCUUUACGACACGGAGCCUCUGCUCUACGGCAGUCUGCAGACACGGACACCUGAGUGCUCAGACGCAUUGAUUAUGUUUGGUUUUAAAACUACUUAGCUCCCAGGCUACCUCCGCUAACGCUGCUUUAGCACUAGCGUCGCUCACUUCCGGGUCCUGUUGCCCCCGUUACGCUCAGGCGGUGUGACGUCAUGUCGCAGAGGAAGAGGCCGUCCAACACGCGGAGCUCCUCUCAGAGCAAGAGGCAAUCAGGCACUGCAGUGGCUCAGGAGGAAGAUGACAACACAACCCUCACCCAGCCGAGUACGUCACAGGUCCAAAGAGGGAUGGAGAAGCUCACACCUGCACAGGUCGACCAGAAGACAGCUGAGGUGGUGCAGUACUUCUUGGUGAAGGACCAAAAGAAGAUUCCUGUACGGCGAGCAGACCUGGUGAAACAUGUGGUGAAGGAGUACAGAACCAUUUACCCUGAGAUCAUGAAGAGAGCAGCACGCACUUUUGACCAGGUAUUUGGCCUUAAAAUGAUUGAAAUCGACGCCAAAAAUCACAUGUACAUACUCAUCAACAAGUUGGAGCCGGUGGCUGGACCCGCAACGCUCAAAAGCCCGACCAAUCCAAAGAUGGGUCUAAUGUUCGUGAUCCUGAGUGUUAUUUUUAUGAAAGGAGGCAUUGUCAGAGAAAACCUGAUCUGGAGCACUCUCAAGAAGCUCCGCGUUGACCCCGGAGAGAGACACGAGGAGUUCGGUGAUGUGAAGAAGGUCGUCACAGACGAGUUUGUGCGUCAAAGGUACCUGGAGUACGUGCGAAUCCCCCACACGGAGCCAGUGGAGCAUGAGUUUCGAUGGGGUCAACGAGCCGAAGUGGAAGUGUCGAAAACCAAAAUCCUGGAGUUCAUGGGUCAACUUCACGAGCAGGACCCUCAGAGCUGGAUCCAGCAGUACAGAGAGGCCCACUCGGUGUCCGGCUCCACGCAGGCCGGCAGCAGCAGCCAGAGAUGAUCCUUUAACAUUUAUUUAUUUAUGUUGGACGCUGAAAGAGAGAAGAUGUAUCAGUGCCAGUGCUUUUUAUUCUUUUAAAUGUGUCCAUAGUGAACAGAUGGAUAAAUCUACUGUUUAUCUAUCAAUUCAAAUCCUGCUUCUACUACUUAUUAUUCAUAUUUGUAUGUUCAUACUUUACCUUUUUAGUCUGUUGAGUCUCAAUUCUUGAUGUCUUUUUUAUUAAAAACAUUCGCUAU